GAUCCAAAUGACUGAGGUUAUAAAAUGGAACAAGCUAUACUUAUAAGUGUUAAGAAGGAGUACGAGGUGGAAAACAAUGAAGAUGAAUAUAUUAUACCGGAUCAGGGGAACAACACCAAAAUUAAAUGUGAAACAGAUAAUCAGCUAGAUGUAAAUGAAAUCGACCUGGGCCCAGUCAAAAUAGAGCCGCUUGUAAAGAUAGAGAUAAAGCCGGAGGACGAAGGAUUAAAUCUGAACGAACAUUCAGCAACUGAAGAUGGAAAUUGUACGUUUCUUCGAUUGAAGCCGUUACAUCGAUUGCUGCCAGUAAAGAAAUCAAAUAAUCGUCGUGAAAUAGUUCGAGAUAUCCAUCAACGCCUACUGAAUCUGGAUAAGGCAAUAAAUCCCAGUAAUAAAUUAACUCAGCUGCGACAGCGCUGCAAGGAUCACAAGAGUGCAUUUCAACCCAUCUCGAGUGCUCAGCACAUGCGUGAUCUUCGCCAGCGACUCAUGAAUCUAGACAAUCAACUCAAUCCUCCGGACACAGCCAAAUCAAGAGACAGUCAAGUGAAGCCUGAGUUCCAGCGCCGUCUGCUGCGAUUGAACAAUGGAAACACAACUUGUAAAACUACUAAAAACACUCAAGAUGAUUUCUUGCUUCGCAGGACUUCACCCAAGUCAAGUGCACAGCGCAUGCGGGAGAUGCGACAACGUCGUUGCGAUCUCAACAAUUCUAAUGGACUUGCAGACAAUAACCAGAGCAACAAGUCGCGUCCUCCAACGCCACCAGAACUAAGUGCUAGACGUAUGCGUGAUUUCCGACAGCGUCUUCUGCAACUGGACAAAUCUCACCAGGACGCACAGAGCCAAAUACACAAACAAAGAAAGGGACUCCUACCAAAUCAUGUGAAAAGCUGAUGGAAAUUUAUCAGUUGCGCUCGGAAUAUUUAUAUUUUAAAUUAUUAUGCAUAAUUAAUAAAUUAGAAUUAUUAGAAAUAACUAUAAUAAGUCAAAUAAAGUGUAAAACGUGUUGCAUCCCAUAAUAUA